CAUGACGAGGCUGCAGACGGAUCACCUGAGACGUUCUGCCCUGUCUCAAUCACUGUAUGCUGUUCGGCGCAGCACGACAGCCAUAUACGCCAGGGGACAAUGUGAGCUGUACCAUCAACCUAAUUUUUUGCAGAAAUACUCGAACAAAACUGAGCUGCAGACCCAGGCGGCGGUUUUCCAGAAACGCCUCUCCAACUAUUGGCGAACCAUGGCGGAGCUGUUCGCACUCGGUGUGACGCACGUCUCACAGAUGUUUGUUCCCCUCGCAUUCGAACAGAUGGGUAACCACACGAGUGAUCAGCGACUCCACACUUGGAUUAAGGAUGUGGAACAUGUGAAAGACAUGCUGCACACGAAAUUAAUUGGAUGGGUACAUGAUGCGCAAUCCGUCAGCAAACAGAUAGCGCACUACAAGAUAGAAGAGGACAACGACAGGCCUGGGUAUCUUAUAUUAAGGCGGCCGCUGUUGAAUGAUGGCCUACUGCUGUACCAGCUGUGGUUCCUUUCCUUUUGUGAUGACUUAAGUGUGCUAUGUGAGAAGCGGCAGCCAGAGGCAUCACAAAUGUUCGGUCUCGCCGACGCGCUGUACACCUUCUAUCAUAGCAGCUGGUAUAGUAAAGCAUCGGAGUUCAAUCAACGCUACGGAUAUUAUAAUACUGGGGAUAAGGACUGGCAGUUGGAAGAUAGAAGCAACACUACACUCUCUGUGGACACUGACUGCCUGCAGCUGCUGGCAAACACCCUGGACCACCCCACUUGUCCACUGGAAGACCUACCAUUCAAAGCCAUUAAGCAGUGCCGUGUGCAGCUUUGGCAUGACAUGGUGCAGAGGACGCCCCACCUACCUGUGACCAGCUACCUGGCCUACACGCAGAGGGCAAAUGUCAAUUUCUGUCUACUGGCCUGGAUGACAGUCAACUCGUUCAGCAUUUGUCAGGACAUCCCAUUUAGUAUUAUACAGUCCGUGCAUGAUGCUUACUGUUAUUUCGAUAGUCCUGAUGACCAAUCGUGUUUAGAAUACAAUGCUACAGAUUCCAUCUGUUCUGUUUCUAGAGCUUUUCUUUUGCUGAAGUGUCGUGAUUUUUCCUCCUUUAUACCUUCCAAGACUAGUAGCUUGUAUCUUUACCCAGAUGGAUCAUACUCAGAAACGUUUAAAACAACAAACUUAUUCAACCACACUAAGUAUCACAAGCCAACAGAAAAAACACUGAACUAUAAAAACAGUUUAAACAGCGCCACACUGAAAUACAAGGAUUUCAAAAUUGUCAGCUUAAAGUCUUUAGAAAUCACAUUUAUAUUGGUAAAUAUUAUUUUCCGCUUUUCGACUGCUGGAAUAUACAUGUACUUUACCCACCUAUGUAAUUUGCCUGGAAAGAUAUUCCUGUCUUUUCAGAUCACGUGUAUAAUCCAGAUCCUGUGCUCUGAGAUAUUGUAUCGUAUGGCAGGUGUCCCUAACUUAUCUACAGCAGUGCUGAUAGAUAGCGCCCUCACACUUCUCAGCUGUAUCUGGCUAAACUCAUUCUGCUACCAAAUGUAUGCUUGUGUUCGUCAUCUCAGGCUUCCUAAUGACCUACUACCAGAUGAAGCAAGCAAUUUAUUCCGUCGUCAGGUGCUGUAUGUGUUAAUACCAUGGACUGUAAUAUGUGUGGCAACUAUUGCUUUUGAAACAACGAGCAAAUAUUAUCUGAUCCAUAGUCGUAUAGUAUUCCUUGUGGCGAUUUCAGUGUCAGUGGCUUUCAAUUUAGUUUGUCUUGGACUGGUGGGUUACAUGUACCUACGUACUUGGUAUUCCAUGCGGCAACUCAGAGUAAUUGGGAACAGUAAAUUUGCUACAAAGAAACAAACUCUUUUUAUGUCAUUUAAGGCUAUUAUCAUAAGUGGUAUAGGUAUUGUAACUAGGCUUGGGUUCCACCAGGUACAAGGAAUAGCACAGUUCGUGUACUACGUACAUAUAGCUACGAUGGUGCAAGGACCAGUGCUGUUUGUCUGUUUCGUUUGUAAUGGAACGACACUACCUAUAGUGAAAAACAGGCUACUACAGUGGUGGAAUCCAACUAUCUUGCAUCCAGAGCAAGAGCUGUGUUCAGCUGCUGAGAGGAAUCUGGCAAGGAGAAACAAUGAACUCUCUCUGGCUGCAGAAUCCUCACUGUAGUCCGUUUGAAUUUUUUUCUCAAAUGACGGUCUUCACUGUAGACUGAACUAAGCCCAGCAAUGAGGUGUAGAUAUAGAAUCUACCUGCUAUAACAAAAUUAAAUGCGACUGAUAUUGUACAACCAACACCUGUGUUAUAUUUCUUCUUUAUUUGUAAGUGUGUGCUUAUUUGUAAAUUGUAGCCUCUGUCAUACUAUUUUAAUGCACCGAGAUUACUUAUUAAAAUUGGUGGGAAAUGCUUUGUGUACACAAACAUCUUGAUAUUGUAGGACAGGCAUUUCACAAGAAGGUGUGGGUCACAUUAUUGCUUUGCUUGGCUAUCAGAAGAUGGAAACCCCGGAUGCUGACUCCAGAAAUGAAAGCGCACAGACUUGAAAUUUGCCAAGAACUCUUCUUCAUAUGAGAAUGAAGGCCAACGCCUUUCUCCAUUCAAUUGUGACAGGAGACAAAACGUCAGUCUGUGGAAUAUUAACACAAAGAUUCACCCCAAAGAAAGAAAUUCAAGAUGCAGUCCUCAGCUGGAAAAAUCAUGGCCACUGUGUUCUGGGACGCAGAUGGUUUUAUUCAUGUUGAUUUUCUUGAUCAUGGAACAACAAUAAAUUUAGUGUGUUGCAUCACAAUGCUGUGAACUCUGAAAUGAUCCAAAAGGAAAAGGGAAAUGUUUUUUUGCAGCAUGACAAUGCCAAACCACACACUUCAUGUGCCACCACAGCAAAACUUCAGACACAGAUGGUGCUAAAUCUGGACUACAUGGAGGAUGAUGUAUAGUUGUGAGAUUUUGACUUCCAUCUGUUCCCGAUAAUGAAAGAUGGUCUGCGGGAACAUCAUUAUGCUUCUGAUGAAGACGCUAAGAGAACUGUGAGACUGUGGUUGCGGAAACAGCGUGUCGACUUCUUCCGUGAUGGCUUCAGAGAACUUGUUCAUAGUUGGCGGUAAUGUAUCCAAUUGACUGGUGCUCAUGUGGAAAAAAAGAAUAUUGGUCAUUAAAGAUCACUUUCUAAGGAUUAUUUCUGCAUUUGAUUUAUUAACCCUCUAUGGACGACCUCGACAAAUUUGUAACGCUUAAAAUAUAUUAUUGUACCUGCACAGCGCGAAGCUUUUCCUCGCAGGUGACAAGCUUAGCAGAUUCAUAGUGCUUCAGACUACAACUAUUGGAAGUGGCGAUGCACUCAGGAAAUUUUUUCAACUACGUGAACAGCUGCACGUUGGGAAUUUGGUCGUGUGCACUUUAGCUGUCUAUAUUUAUUACAAUUGGUGUUGAAAAACUUAAUUUAUCAACUGUAUGUCAAUAUUGUGUGAUAGAUGUUACUUUGAGGUACAUCUGGAUAAAAACAAUUACCAUAACAAUUGCUGCCAGAAUCUGAGAGCUUAUGUUUUAAAUGUUACAAAUUUGUCAACUCAGGCACUUGUACGGAAACUGUUGUUCUUUCUAGACAAUGAAUACUGCAGCAUUUUAUAGGAAGAAUUAGGGUGUUGUGGAACAUUGUAAUGGAUCUGGGAGAUGUGUUAUUUUCUACCGGAUUUGUCGAUACCAAAUCUAAUGAGGGAGGUUGUAAAUGUUUUCUUAUAUUUUUGUCAGAAUAUUUUUUGUGAAUUGUAAUUUGCCUUAUUUUAUGCUAAUUUGCUAACAUGUUCGAGAGUGACAGCAUAUUGAUUAAUAUUAGUAGAUGUGACGAAUAAUAUCAAAGAGACUGGCUACAAGUGGAAGCUUGUGUGUUGUGUGAAAUGUCUUUGACACUGGAGUCGUCUUUGGCCGUAGUCAGUCGUCAGUGAACACUCUGUGUGUGAUGGUGGAACAAUGUACGGGUCCCCAAUAUAAUAAUUUGCAAGUGUCCAGCAAAAAUGAGUUAUUCUACUACUUUUUUAAUAUAAACAUCAAGAAGGAAGCACAUUCAGAAAAAUGGUAUUUGAAGCACCACAAAUGAGGCAAACGCAUUGAACCAGGACAUUUCCGCAGCCAACGAAACAGCGUUAUGGAAUCAUACUUUCACUAGACGACUGAAGCCAACACAAAAAAGUCAAAUAUCAUCUUAUAAACAUCCACAGAAACGUGAGUACUGUCAUGAAAUACGCUAAAUUCAAGUAUAUAAAAAAAGUGAGCAUAUUUCAGCAUGUAGCUGGUGGAGGGAGAGUGAGGACAGUUGGCCGAGUGCCUCUUGUAGCGAUAAUGACGAGGAUUAUGUACCAACAGGUUGGGAAUCUGUGUCCAGUUGUUCUAAAAAUGGUAUGGUCUUUACUUUUAUCACUUGGUUGCACUAUAGUAAUAUGUACAGCUUUAGGACACUAAACUAUGUAUUAUAUUUAUAACUGCCAGGUAUCAGUGAUGAGGAUGACACCAAUGUUCCUGACGCAGACAACAUUUCGGCUCCUUCUUCAACAUGUGCAUCCAAUAAGCAAAGACCAGUUUGGAGAAACAUUAGCGAAGACAAUAGUGCUCGUGACAUACCACAGUGGCUAGGCUCCAUCCCUGAAUCCGCUGCAAUCAAGAAACCACUGGAUUAUUUCAAACACUUCUUUGACAGUCAACUAUUGGAACAUAUAACGCAACAAUCAAACUUUUACUGUGUUCAGAAGAAUCCAACUACAGCUCUCCAACUGUCAGUGAACUGGAACAAUUUAUUGGAACGGUGUUUCAUGUCACUUGUCACUUGUAACAGAACCUUUUAAAGGCUUUAUUAUAACGAAGUACGCGAUACCCUCCUAAUUCAAUCCGUUUAACUAGCAAUUAUAAUAGAAAAGUAACUGUGUAUGUUAGCAAUGAUUGCAUAACAUGUCUACAUUAACAGUCAACCCAUUAAAAUAUAAUUAAUAACUGACCCACACAAUGACAUCUGCUGUAUCAGUGUUCUAGUGAUGUUAACUUUUAUGUAAAAACACUAUAUUCAACUGAAGUUAUUAAUAUGAAAUACGAAUAAUAUUGGUCAACUUAUGUAUUUUGGAUCUCCCUAAAUAAAAAUUACCCAGUGAAACCUAUUUAUUCAGUAGGAGAGUUUUCGAUCACUAUUCACGUAACCAUGUCUAUUUUAAACAAGAACCACUGCAAUUUUUAAUAAUUCACGCUAUUUACUAAUGUAUGCAAAUGAGAGAAGUCAAUAGAUGUACCUUUGAAAAACGGCCAUUUUGCAACAAAGAAUUGUUUAGACAAGUUGACAAAUCUGUGUCAUUUUAAUGACCUGUUAAAUUAUGUCACUCAAUGUAAAUUAAUAUCUUUUUUGCACAAAUUACGAUAACAGAUGGAUGCCUGACUUAUAACCUCGUCAAAAAACUACUAAGAAGAGAUGUGAUUUAUAAAUACAAGCAGCAAGAAGCCUCGUCAGCUCAGUCUAGAUAGAACUUUUGUAAAUGUGUAUGUUGUUGUCUUAUGUGGGAAAAGAAGUGUUACUCUGUACUGUGACAACGUCUUUGGGUGGUCAGCGGAGUUAAGAUGGUUACCAUGCCAAUAAAGUUCACUUAUGCUGUCAUUCAUUAUUUAUCAACAAGCACAUCAACAACACAGGACCUCAUCCUUUUACCGCUAGGCGAAUACAUAUAGAGUCAACAUUAACAUCAAGAUACAGCAGUAGCAGCAACUACUACAAUACAACUUAAUGGCGCCAACCCAAUUCUCUACCUCAAGUGCUAACAAGCUUCGUAUAUUUAAGUGAUAUCGUGCGAAUAUAGGAAUAUCAAUGAUUGGGCAACCAUUAUACACUGUACCACGUAUAUGAAUGUAUUUGUCCAGCUUAUUUGGCGUCUUACAUAUCGGACGUGAUCAGUCAAGACUGGUGGGAAGACAUAAAAUCUAAUCUCCAUUUCAAUGACAACACCAGAAUGACUGAUUCAGAAGGUACUUGCAAAGACAAACUUUUCAAGAUUAGGCCAUUGAUAAGUCGAUAAGUCGUCUGCUUGAAAAAUUCAACAAACUACCUACUGAUAAGAUGGUGUGUGUCGAUGAGCAGAUGGUACCCUUCAAACGAAUGUCUAGUUUGAAACAAUAUAUGCCAAAAAAGCCUCACAAGUGGGGUUAUAAAAUAUAUAUUUCAUGCGACAACAAAGGAAUUGUGUACAAUUUCGAAGUGUAUUGUGGGAAAUGUGAUCCACUGGAAGGAAUGGAAAAUUUAGGGGCUAACGCCAAUGUUGUUACGCAUCUUUGUUGUGGAAUAACCUUACAAAGAAACCAUUUGUUAUAUUUUGACAACUGGUUUACGACAAUACCACUGCUUACAGAGCUUGCACGCAUGAAAACUUUUUGUCUGGGCACAGUUAGAGCCAAUAGAUUACCUGGAUGUGUGCUGACAACUUAAAAAAAAGAAGAGGUGCAUACGGUGAACGAGAGGCAGAUAUUGAUAUGUGUGAGAGUCGAUGAUAUGUGUGAGAGUUGUCAAAUGGUUUGACAACAGAUCUGUAGUAUUUGCCUUUACUUUUUCUGCUGCAGAACCGAUAAGUAAGGUGAAACGAUGGGAUAAAAAGAGCAAAGCAAAGGUUGAAGUCGACUGCCCGUCAAUAAUUCUUCUUUACAACCAAUUUAUGGGAGGAGUAGAUCUUUUACACUCACUGAUUGCACUAUACCAGAUAAACGUCAGAUCAAAAAAGUACUACCAUAGUUUAUUUUUUUUUCCAUUUCCUUGAUAUGGCAGUAGUGAAUGCAUGUACAGAAGAGAUUGUGUUUAUUUUUGUUUACACGAAAAGAAUCAAAGGCAACUUUGUCAGUUCAAGGCUGAAAUAGCUGAAGCGUUGCGCAAAAUGAACGACUUGAGUGGGAGAAAGAGGGGUAGACCUUCUUCAAGUAUUAAUGUCGAAUAUGUAAAGAAGAAUAACCUAGGACAUGCAUCUAAGCCAAUUCCCCAAAGGGUUGUUCGUCAGGACAAUGUUGGACAUUGGCCAGUUGUAUCUGACAAGAGAGGUAGAUGCAAAAUGCCAAACUGCAAAGGAAGUCCAUCAAUUGUGUGCCAGAAGUGUGGUGUUCAUUUGUGCAUCGCGAGAAAAACAAAUGUUUUCUGGAAUUUCAUAGGGAAUGAGAAGUAUGCAAGUCAAACAUUUUAAAUUCAUGAACAUUUUCAAUUGUAAGAAAAGUAUAUAUGUUUGCAUUCACUCUCCAACAUUUAAUUACCCGGUAUCCUUAAAUGCCUACCGUAACAAAUUUGUAACGUUAAAAAUAUAUAAUGUUUUAACAUGACUUUUUGCAUUUUUAAUCAAAAUUUGGUUAAAGUGACCCCUAAAUAAUACAAAUAUAGCAUUUAGAGUCUUUUUGUUUGUAUUAUGUCAUAAUUCUGUCCAUAGAGGGUUAAAACAUUCCCAUCCAAGCAAUUAACGAAGGUGGAGGAUUACUUUUCAUUCAACUAUCGUACAUAUUACACGCGCACGCACACACACACACACACACACACACACACACACACACACACACACACACACAGGGUGAACAUUAAUAAAACUGAAACUGCAGGGACAGAUUUGUGACUGCAAAUGGAGGAAGAGAGGUCCUAUCAACAUGUGUCCGAAAAGGUAUCAUUUUCAUGGUAAUGAUGAAUGACAUUUCCUCUGACUAUGUGCGAUGCACUCCCCCUGUGUUGCAGGCUGUGUGUUUGACGCAGCAUACUGUAAGCAGUAUAUGGUCAGGUAUUCGUGUCAGGAAGAAGCAGAGAUGAUGAUUGUGUAUGAUCAAACGGAUAGGAAUGAUGGAAAGGUAGACAGAUAUACCAAAACAAGUACUAUCACAGACAGCAAACAACAUUUCAAGCCCUUUUCAGGUGUUUGUGUGAUCACGGGUCCUUUCAGACAGACAAACAUGCAUGGAUGCCGCAGAGUGUGCAUACAUCAGAUUUGUAGGAGCAAGUACUACAAUAUAUUGAGAUGAACUAUAGUACAAGCUCCAUACAAGUGGUCCGCUAUUGAGAGAGAGGCUGGAACAUGCGAAAGAGUGCACCAAUCGAUGAUGCGAUGUGUGAAUAUGUGCAUUGCAUCCCAUGGAGGCAACUUUGAACAUCUGUUGUGAUGUGUUCUGGGAAGAUUUCUUGUCGCUGCAUGCACAUUGUCCAUUUAGUUUUAUUAACAUUCACCCUGUAUACUGAAACAAACUAUUUUAGAAGCAUUCUCGUUAAAUUACUUGAACAGUUGUUACAUGUAAUUGAGUAACGUGCACUGUAGAACAACUAGACAAAAAUUGCUGCCAACUACAUUGUGUCUAACUUGUGCCACUGGCGUUAAAUGCAGCACCAUCAUGUGCAUUGUCAGAGCACUGAAGAUUUGACAUCAGUUGUCUCUACAUAGUCACACUUAGCAACAGAUAGUGAAGGACGACCAACCUGCAUCUCCUGAGGCUAAAGGUGCAGAACUCCAGGCUGAGUACAAGGGUUUCCAAAGGAGGGCAUGGGAAUCUGGAUUGUUCUGUUCUUGAUAUGCAACAAUGGCUUGCAACACACAAAACUGAAGUGAAGAACUCCCAUCUGCACCAGAUGUCCAACAACACUAAACUAUACAAACUAGCCAAAAACCCAGACAAGAAAUCCGGAGUAAACAGGCAAAGCAGCCACGAACAUGACACCCAAAAUACAGAAAGUUUACAUUCAUCAUUUACAUCUUGUCAAGAACUUUUAAACAAACAACUUUCCACUACAGAAACCUCCGAGUCAUACACAAAGAGCUAGGUUUACAUCUGGUUACACAGUUGCAAUUCCAGCGCACCUAACAAACCUUAUGGCACUUAAACAAACCUUACAAUAUACAAAAAAUGAAUAAGGUGGCAAAGAAACCCCCAAAUUGCUGUAACUGGCGCUAAAACAAUUGCCUGGUGCACCAAGUCAUUCACCAAAAGUUCCAAUAAACUUUGCCAACAUCACAACACACCAAUCAGAUUUCAAAACCUGAGAAAACAGUCUGUGUUAGUUACCGGUCUGAAAUAACGUUAACAGCAAUCACAUUGCAUGCCAAACUGCAAGCAAGAAAGAAACCACAUGGACUCACUUUCACCAUUGUGAUAACCAUGGCUGACAGUGAUAUAACAAAUGAAAAAACUGAGGAGGACCUAAAAGUACAGGGAUAUCAAAUCAAAAUUUCGUGCUCAUCAUUUCCAUCAUCAUCCCAAGACCUGUUGAAAAAAUUCAAAUUAUCUACAAUCACCAACAACCAAUUAACAAGGUAGUUACCAUUUUAGAAAGCCCUGUGUACCUCACAUGGCUGAAACAUCUAAAACACUACCUCCUCAACAACUGCAGUGUUGAAGUUGGAACACUUUCCAACAUGCCAUGAAGAACUGCCUUAAUAGACUGAAAUGUGGAAAACAAAGUUGACAACAAUGAAUUUUUUAAUUGUAAAUAUAUUCGAAAAAGAAGCACCAAAAUGCAACAACUGCAACACUGGUAACUUUGAUAGUGAUGAGAAUUUAAAAAAAUUACCAAAAAGGCCUAUCUCAGCCAACAAAACAAUUUUGUCAAUACGCUUAACAUUUUCAAUCAUGGUUUUUGACCCUGAACAUCAAGAAAGCAAUCAAAGGGAAAACGUACUAUGUGCCUUCACUGUAGCCCUUCUCUACAUUGUAUCUGAAAAGAAAGCACUUUUAACGGAAACAACAGAAACAGAUUUUAAAAAGUUCCUAUGACAUCAUUUGUAAAACACGCAAGCCUAGAAGAGGAUCCAUGCCUAUAUUGCUAUGCUGCUAACCUAGCGUGGCAUACUGGGAAACAAGAAUUAGUUUUCACAUUCAAGCCUGAGUAAGAUCUUCCCAUUAUCUGUUUUGUCAACACUUUGUAGGUCUUCAAGGAGUUUCCAAACCCAAAGAGAAAAAGAAGUUACCAUUAUAGUCACAGAAACUCUGCCACAGCAGGUCCCAAGACUGAUUGAGAAAGGAGGAGGGGGAGGAGUAACACUUGUUGAAAUAAACCUUAGUUCACCCGGCUCAGGUGAUAGUACUUGCCACGGAAACGGCAAAGACCUCAACUACAGUGAAGACGGAGAUGAAGAUCGCUGGUAUGGUGGGACUUGCAGAAAAGGCAAUCCUACUUUUAGAGAUAGUAUAAAAGCUACAGAUUAAAAUCCAAAUAUGUGUGUACUCAUCUCGAGCAGUGUUUGGUCAAAAUCUGUACCCUGAAGUGAGGAAUUCAGUUUCAGUUUUAAAUGUCAAUUGGCACCCACCAAUUCCCCAACAGGAAUAUCAAGUAGCUUACACAUGACGGAAAUUUCUCCAAAUUCAACUACCCCAGGAGGAAACCUUAAAAGGAAAGCUUGUGUCGCAGAAAGCAGCACAACCAGGCCGUCUGAUUCUGGGGACCCAGAACAGCAUGCAAAGUGAAGGAGUCAAUGUUCUCAAAGCACUACAUGUAAAUUAAGAACAAAAGAAAAUAUUUAUUUUGCAUCCUAAACAUGAAUUCACUUUGUAAAGUAGGAAAACUAAAAGAACUAAUUAAAGUAUUAGAUGAAUAUCAUAUACAAAUCUUGGCUCGUCAGGAAACUAGAUUCACUGAUUAAGACAUCAUCACAGAAUCAGAGGAACAUAGCAUUCUCAAAGGAAAGAAAGACUGGAAUGCAAUGGGAAAUGCUUUCCACAUCUAGGAACAGGAUUCAAUCUAGACACAACAGUAGUAAAUUUGGUCAUGGAUUUUUAUUCCCUAAAUGAGAGGCUCUCAGUUCUUACUCUGCAAUGUGCAAAUAAGGAUUACAGCUUAAUACACUGACAUGCUCCAAUAAAUGUGGACAAUAAAAGGAAUCCAGAUAAAUUUGAAAGCUGCUGGGAGUCACUGGAACAUGAAAUAUCAAAGGGUCAUAUCUAACAGUGAAUACGUUUACACUGAAUAAGGACAAGACUGUAGUAAUAAAGUUCUUGCUAAAUUUUAAUAAUACUCAUACUCAAUCACUUUCUACAGUUGAAACAUCUGACAAACUUAAGUUUUUAGGCAUAUUGAUUGAUGAACAUCUCACUUGGAAAGAGCAUAUCGGCUCCACCUGUAAAAAGGUUUCUAGUAAUAUUUAAUUACUAAAAUGAGCCAAAAGUGACUAUCAUAGGAUAUGGACUAACAAGAAAGCUACAGACCACACAGUCCAUGUGUAUCUGGGAGAUAAUUCUACAAUAAGUUGCCAAAAAAUAUAAAGCAUCUCCAAGGCAAUCUAUUCAAGGGCAAGUUGAAAAAUUUGUUAAUAGAAAGAUGUUUAUACUCAUUAAAAGAAUUCUAAGCUGCAGUACUGUUAGUUUAUUCUUUUACAUACUGCAGUAUAUUAGUGAUGGUAUUGUUAUAAUUGGCUAAUUGAUGUAUACAAUCAUUAUAGUAUGGAGUGAUAUAUAAUGUGCUAAUAUGUUUAUAACAUUAUUGCAUGGAAUGAUAUACAAUUUGCUACUUGAUGUAUAUAUUCAUUCUUGGAAUGACAUGAUAUUGAUGUAAUUUUACAAAAAAUGAAGAUGUCCAGGACUGUAAAGUUAACAACAAAUAUUGUUAUUAU